AUGGUAAACGAAACAGAAUUUUGGCAUGAAAUUCGCAAAGAUAUCCCACACUACAAAAAAAGUAAACCGAGAGUUGUUCCCGCUUUUACGAUUCAAGCUUUGCAAGAAAACACAGUAGUUGCAAAACCUCCACGAUGCGGCUUAUACAAACCACAACCACCUAAACCAUCCACUUUUCGAAAAUUUUACGAACGAGGUGUAUUUCCGAUUUCAUUAGAAGCUGAUAUUUACGGACCUAAGAUUAGCUGGAAAGUUAACAUCGAAGAUCUAGACUUUCAUCAUUAUUUACCGUUAUUUUUCGAUGGCUUGACGGAAACCGAGCAACCAUUUAAAUUUCUAGUGGAACAAGGAAUAACUGAUAUGUUAGAACAGGGUGGUCCAAAGAUUUUACCGGUUGUACCACAAUUAAUAAUUCCUAUUAAAAAAUCUCUAAACACAAAAAUGCCGGAAAUCAUAUGUACUACAAUGAGAGCUUUGCAGAAACUUGUACGUUCAGCAGAUUGUGUUGGGGAAGCUUUAGUGCCAUACUUCCGACAAAUUUUACCAGUUCUUAAUUUACUGAAAGAUAGAAACGUAAAUCUCGGGGGAGGAAUCGAUUAUGCGCAACAAAAAGGAGAAAAUCCUGCUGAUAUGAUACAGGAAACUCUUGAAAUGCUUGAGAUAUAUGGAGGCGAAGAUGCUUUUAUAAAUAUUAAAUAUAUGGUUCCCACCUAUGAAUCUUGUAUGAUGAAUUAAUACACUGAUUGGUAUUAUCUAUUACUUGUUUGGUAAUGA